GUUUCUUACUAAUAUUCUUUGCAUCAUAUAGCUUUUAAAUAUUUCAGCUUCGGUAUUUCAAAUGAUCAACAAAUUAGUACAAAAAUGAUCAAUAAAGUGCAUACCCAUUUUUCCAAAAUACAUUUGUAUAAUACUGUCAAUUUUUAGAAUAUAUGUGCGCUUUAUCUACAUAUGACAUACAUCAUCAUACACGUAUAUUGAAUGCAGUCUGACGUGUUUCUUACCGACUGUUAGAUUGCUCAUUUCAUGCUAAUUUUGACUACGGAUUACUCCGUUUUCUUGAAUAAGAUCUAGGGUCCACGACGGUUGUGAUCGGUCAACAGGGUAUGCGUACUCCUCCUUGGUAUCUGAUCUCACCUCUGGUGUUUCCAUCGGUCUGUGUUUGCCCUGUACUUAAUGUUGUGCUCCUUAGAAUUUAUGGGAUUGAUUGCUGUUAGAUGUCUGAAAUUCACUUUUUCAUCUUGCAUGAAAAGCUCGAAUGAUAAAUAAAUAAACUUAUAUUGCUUCCAUCCAAUGUUCUUCUAGAAUGCUCAGUAAAAACGUACGGCAAAGGUUGUGCAAAUCACUGCAGUAGUCAAUGCAGAUAUAUGACAUGUAAUCCAAUCAAUGGAUCUUGUUUGGAGGGAUGUAUUCCCGGUUACUUGGGAAGUUUCUGCAACAAAACAUGUGACGAAGGAACAUAUGGACCCAACUGCACCCAGAAUUGUUCUCAGAACUGCCUCGACGUUUGUGAUUCUGUUGACGGAUCCUGCACGUGUUCCUCUGGGUGGACGGGGUCCCCUAACUGUAGUGAAACAUGUGACAAAGGAACAUAUGGAAUAAACUGCUCCCAGAAUUGUUCUCAAAACUGCCUCGGUGAAUGUGAUAAUGUUGACGGAUCCUGCACAUGUUCCUCUGAGUGGACGGGGUCCCCUGACUGUAGUGAAAAGGUACCUAUCGUCAGUAAUGACGAGUAUAGUACUCCAGAAGCAUACAUCGCAGCCUUAUCUAUCUCACUGGUUAUCAACUUUAGCCUUGUUGUUGUCAUUGUUAUAUUAUUCAGGCUGCUCUAUAACAGAAAACAAGAGAAGAGUUCCUCGGACUAUAUCGCUAGUGCUGAAAUAUCACCGCCAUCACAAGACAGCGAUAACGAUGUACACCAGUAUCAGGAACUCAACAUGUCCAAUGAUAGUUCAUAUCAGAAUCUGUCUUUAAGAGAUCGUCUAUAAAAUGUACAGUGGAGCCUCGGUAAUCCGGACGCCAUUAAUCCGGACGUUUCACCUUCUGGACGAUUGUUAUAGGGAACGGAAUUUUCAUAUUUUAUUUUGCAUCAUUAAUCCGGAAAUCCGCGUUCCGGACGGUCAUUUUUUACUACAAAACGUUUAAAUUCAUUGAGAAUUGUACCGUUAAUCCGAACGGUAAUUGUUUUGAGGGAAGGUCUGUGUCGGACAAUUUUAGCAAGGCGUAAAUUAUAAAGAAAACAAGACAAACUGUCUAAUUGAAACGAUUAUCUGUACCCCGUCAACACCUCCCUUUAAUUAGGUGGUGUGUGAUAUGUCAGUUAGAUAGCACGUGCCGAUCGAGACAUUGUAUUGCCAAUUUUUGCACAUAAGAUCUGUAUUGCGUGUAAUGUUGAAUCUUGUAAAUAAAUAUGUAGCAUAUUAUUUUAUAGUCUUGAUCAAUAGCCUAAUAGUAUUUUAAAAUAAAUUAAACAUCAUGCAGCAAUGAUUUUUUUGUUGUUGAACUGCUACACUUAUCAGUUGUACUGAUUCGUAAAUUGAUAUCGGCUUAUUCAAAUCUAAAGAAAUGUAGAUUAUACUUCUAGAUUCUGGAUUUUAUACUGCUGCUUGCCGUGAAAUAUACAUGCAUGUUCAUGCACAUGUAUAUGUAGUAAGCUUUUAAUGUUUAGAAUGUCACGCAUGUAGAAUGUACCUGUGCACGAUUGUUUCUUGUUACGAUGUUGUAGAGUUUUAUUGCUUUCAAUUUUUUAAACUCUGGGUAGAAGUGAAAAAAUUACCAUUUUAAGGAAAAUGACAAUUAAAUUUUAUAUGUACCCGUAAUGUUGGUUUCAACCGAGUUUUGUUCAGUUAUUAUCGCAUCAUGAAAAUAAUAGAUGCGCGUGGCUAGAUCAAAGCAGUAGUAGGUCUUCGUAUUACGAGCUUAAAUGCUUUUGUUCUCCUGAUAUUGGUUUAUAUAAUUUAUAUAGAAAAAGAAAUAUAAACUCUGGCUGAAGGAAUUUUGGUUAAAGAAUGUUGUCAACCGACAUGACAAACAUGAAAUUCUUAAAUCAACUGUGGACGAUGAAUAUUGUGUAGACAGACCGCUGAACCCGUGAAUCAUGACAGAUGGAAAUGGCCGGCCUCUUUAAGAAGUAAACGUGUGAUGAAAUCUUUGAAGUGUAAAUGAUUAUGUUAGUUAUUAAUGAUUCAUUUAUUUAUAGUUACAUAUACUGCUUCAUUAUUUUUUUUAUUGCAUACGGUACACAGUUUUGUAUAUUUAUUUGUAGUGUUAAUAUACAUGUACAAUGUUAGCAUAGGCAAAUACACUGCACACGUAUAUUCCAAUUUUAGAGCUUUGAAAUGUAUGUAAAUGUUAACAUUAUCAUGAUUUAUUUACUAAUGCAAAUGGUUAAAUCCAAUGAUAGUAUGUGUUUAAUUCACUACGCAUCAAUAAAGUAUUUUGAAUU